AGUAGAAAAAUUGAAAAUUAAAACCAGCUCGGUGGGAGCGGAGCGGCUCGUCUAAAAUUCCGCCGUGUGCACUCCCAAUUGGCCGUAAGGUACACGUAUCCUCUAAAGGCCACCACCAGCAGGACAUCAGCCAGUCGAACGGAAGUCUGGGCCCCACAACAGAUUGUUGGCAUAUCCCGGUGCGGCCGAUUCCCGUUGUUCCGUGACCGCGUUUCAGACCGAGACCGAGCGAUAGAAAUCAGAGCAGAAUCCAGACCAAGCACACCACGAGGAUGGUGGUUCCACGUCACAGCUUGCUGGUCCUUUUGGGGACAGCGUUGCUGUUGGCAACGUUUGCCAGCUUCGCACACGGGGCCGCCGUCAUGUCGGUGGAUCUGGGUAGCGAGUGGAUGAAGGUCGGUGUCGUGUCACCGGGUGUUCCGAUGGAAAUCGCCCUGAACAAGGAAUCGAAGCGGAAAACACCGUCCACGAUCGCGUUCCGUAACGGGGACCGUGUGUUCGGUGAGGAUGCGCAGACCCUGGGUGUCCGUUUCCCGGCCAACAGCUUCGCCUACCUGAUCGAUCUGCUUGGUAAGACUAUCGACAACCCGAUGGUGGAGCUGUACAGGAAACGAUUCCCCUACUACGACAUUGUCGAGGAUCCGAAGCGAAAGACGGUGGUGUUCCGUGCCGGUGAGGAGCAGUUUACGAUCGAAGAGCUGAUCGCACAGCUGCUACAGGUGGCCAAGGUGUACGCGGAAGACUCGACCAGUCAGACCAUCACCGAAUGUGUCCUGAUCGUGCCGGGAUUCUUUGGCCAAGCCGAACGUACCGCCCUAGUGUCGGCUGCACGGCUCGCCAAUCUGAAGGUUCUGCAGCUUAUCAACGAUUACACGGCCGUCGCACUGAAUUACGGUAUCUUCCGGCGGAAGGAAAUCAACGAAACGGCUCAGUACUUCCUGUUCUACGAUAUGGGCGCCUACAAGACGUCUGCGGCCGUCGUAAGCUAUCAGCUGGUAAAGGAUAAGGCCACACGCGAAACGCACCCGGUGGUGCAAGUGCUCGGUGUCGGUUACGAUCGUACGCUCGGUGGUCUCGAGAUGCAGAUCCGUUUGCGGGAUUUCCUCGGUCAGGAGUUUAACAAGCUAGGUAAAACGAAAACCGACGUGUUCAGUAAUCCACGUGCGAUGGCCAAGCUGUUCAAGGAGGCGGGCCGAUUAAAGAAUGUGCUCAGUGCCAAUACGGAGCAUUACGCCCAGAUCGAGGGUCUGCUGGAUGAGCAGGACUUCCGGUUGCUGGUGACGCGCGAACAGUUCGAGAAGCUGUGCAGCGAUCUGUACGAUCGUGUGACGGCACCCCUGGAUAAGGCACUGGCCGGUGCCGGUCUAGCGCUGGAUGUCAUCAAUCAGGUCGUACUGUUCGGUGGCAAUACGCGUGUUCCCAAGAUGCAGGACAUACUCCGGGCCCACAUUGGACAGGAGCUGGCCAAGAACAUCAAUGCCGAUGAGGCGGCCUGUAUGGGUGCGGUCUAUCGAGCGGCCGAUCUAGCGACGGGCUUCAAGGUGAAAAAGUUCAUCACGAAAGAUGCCGUCCUGUUCCCGAUUCAGGUCGUGUUCGAUCGUGAAGGCGAUAGUGGCGCCCUGCGUCAGGUGCGCCGUACGCUGUUCGGAGCGAUGAACUCCUACCCGCAGAAGAAGGUCAUUACGUUCAACAAGCAUACGGACGAUUUCGAGUUUACGGUGCAGUACGCCGAGCUGGAGUCGGUGCUUGGAAAGAAUGCGAAUACACUCGGUUCCACCGAUCUGGCACGUGUUAAAUUGUCGGAAGUGGCAAAGAAACUAAAGGCAAACACGGCCGCCGACAACGUUGAAUCCAAGGGCAUUAAAGCGCACUUUGUGCUCGACGAUUCCGGUAUCUUCUCGCUGGCAAACGUGGAGCUAGUGCUGGAAAAGACGUUAACGAAGGGUGAAGAAGAGGAGGAUGGCGACGAGAGCACAUUCCAGAAGAUCGGCAACACGAUCAGCAAACUGUUCUCGGGUGACGCGGACGAUAAACCGACGGCGACGACGGAAUCGAAAUCCACAGCAGGCGGUGACUCAGAAUCGGAAUCACCGGAAGAGGCUGAACCGGCCAAGGGUGAGGAGACAGCGGACAAGGGAGCCGCGAAGGAGAAAGAGAAGGGCACGGGAGAAACGACGACCAAAGAUGCGAAAUCUGAGACCAAUGGAACGGUCACCGGUGACGAGGCGGCCAAGAAUGCGACGGCCAAGCCCAAGAUUGUGACGCUCAAGGAGACGAUUCCAUCGAAGGUGGAACUUACCUAUCUGGCACCGCUCGAUGGAGAAAGCUACGAGGCAUCCGCCAAACGGCUGAGCGCUCUGGAUGCGGUCGAUAAUGCGAAAAAGCGUCGCGAGACGGCCCUGAAUGCGCUGGAAAGCUUCGUGAUCGAUGCCCAGGUGAAGCUGGACGAGGAAGAGUAUGCUUCGUGUGGAACGCCGGAAGAAAUUGAAACGAUUCGCAAACGGUGCUCGGAGCUAUCGGAUUGGCUGUAUGAGGAUGGUGCCGAUGCGGAUGCGGAAACGUACGAAAAGAAGCUGGAGGAGCUGCGUGGAGUGGCGAACGAGGUGUACGCCCGGCAUUGGGAGCAUAACGAGCGCCCGGAUGCACUCGAUGCGCUCAAGCAGAUGAUUAACGGUUCCGAGGCGUUCCUGCGCAAUGCUAAGAACUUCACGAAGGACGUUAACCCGGAGAAGGAUGUGUUUACGGUGGUCGAGAUUGAGACGCUCGAGAAAGCGAUCCGCAAUACGAUCGAGUGGCGUGAUACGGAGGUGGCGGAACAGGAGAAGCAACCGCGUAAUGUAGCGGUACGAUUGACGGUUAAGGACAUUACCGAUCGGAUGGCGAUGCUGGAUCGUGAGGUGAAGUAUCUCGUUAACAAGCUGAAGCUAUGGCGACCGAAGGUUAAACCGACUAAACCACCAAAACCGGAAAAGACGACCUCGACGGAAGCGGACGGUGAUUCGUCGAGCGAUUCCAAGGAAUCUGCCGAAGAAGUGCUCGAACAGACACCGGUGAAAGAGGAACAGGAGGAACCGGUGGUGGGCGACGGCGGAAGUGAUAAAACGGAAGAAACGGUAGAAACUAUCGAUCCAACGGCCACUAAGAAGGAUAAGGUUGCGGCGGAAGGUGAUCAUACGGAGCUGUAAAACGAAAAGCGGUAGCGAAUCCGUACGAUCGGUUUCCUGGGGUGUCCUGUGGGUGGAUGUAGGUUAAGCACAAACUAGCAGAACAACCGUCUUUUUACUUCACCUUCUUGACCCAUUAUUGACACACAUACACACACGAACAGUAUCGAACUCAUCGAAAAUCCAGUUAGUCCCUCAUCCCCUUUCUCUUUGUCCCGGACCAGUGCAAUCACGGACACAGUCGAGCUUUUGUCAUAUUUAUUGCUCCCAAACCAGGGCUCGAUCUCAUCCUUACCUCCCAUCUAAGCUUACCCUCGACCACCCCGCCCCACCAAUCCGAUCCAUUCUCAUCAGAUCAUUCCUUGCGUCGUAAGUUUCAGGCGCCGCCCUUAAGCCUCGCGCCACUCAGCAC